AUGGUCGCUACGGUCUUGGACGCCGGUCGCCUGACCUUUGCUCUCUGCUCCUUCAUUGUUGCCCAGGGUGGCAUGGUUGCUGCUCAAAGUGCCAAGAGUAGCCUCGCAACUUCUGGACCAUCCCUAGCUGACGUCAGCGCUUGCCUGAACAAAGCGGGCAUUGAAUACUCGACGCCCACCACUUCAACGUGGACGGUGGACACGGAGGCGUGGAACUCACGGGUGAGCCCUGUACCUUCAGCCGUCGCUUUUCCGAAGACGGAGGAGGAGGUGUCGGCUGCCCUGAAGUGUGCUGCUUCCUGCGGCGUCAAGGUGACUACGCUUGGCGGCAACCGGUCGUUCUCGAGCAUGGGCUUUGGUCGCAAUGACGGUGCUCUGAUCAUGAAUCUGAAGCACUUGAGGCACACGAAAUACGAUGCGUCGACCCAGCUGCUAUCGUACGGUGGCCCCGUCACGAUCUCGGACGCUGUCAACUUCUUGUGGAACAAGCAUAAGCGCAGCAUUGUCCAUGGUCGUUGCCCGGAAGUCGGCAUGACCGGUGUCGCUGCAUCGGGUUUUGGAGCCAAGUCGCGUGUCGAAGGCACGGUACUGGACAACCUCGUGUCCGUGCGAGUGGCUCUCGCGAACAGCUCCAUCGUCGACGCUGACGCCAAGCAGAACUCGCAGCUGUUUUGGGGCAUCCGUGGUGCUGCCAGCUCGUUGGGUGUGGUUCUCGAUUUUAAGGUCAAGACCAUUGCGCCUCCCUCGAAGAGCGCGACGAACUACACGAUCGUUUUUGACAAAGAAUACAAGCCUACGCAGCAAGAUUCCGUGGAUGCCUUGAUUGGCACGCAAACGUGGGCCUUGAGCAAAGAAAAUGACGACCGGUUGUCCAUCCGAUUUGGACUCAUGAAGAAUAUCGAGUUGAAAGGCUUCUUCUACGGCACUAGUGAGGAGGCGAAGAAAGUCUUCGCGUCGCUCAUGAAGAAUCUGCCAAGUGCAAUGAAGCUGACCACGACCGAAAGUGACUUCUGGACGUCGGAGGAUUGGUCGACUCCUGGUCUCGUGAAGCAGACGGAAUCGUCUCGCCGUUUCUUCUACGUCACAUCGGUGACGAUUCCAGGCAAGGCCCCUCUCACUAACUCCACCGCGUGGGACCUGUUUACGAACACCGUCUUUACUCCCAAGAUACCUGAUGCUGCUCUCGGGGGCUAUGUGGACGUUUGGGGUGGCAAGUUCACCAAGACCGUUCGUCCAGACGACUCUGCCUGGAAACACGACGACAUUCUUCUCUUGAUUCGUUGGGACAUGCGCACCCCCGACUACAAAGUGUCAUUUGCAGAAAGCUCCUUGAACACCAUGCGCACGAACUUUUACAAGUUCGUGGACUCUUACAAGGCUUCGGGCGGUGUGCCAGGCGGGUUCACGACGUACCGCGAUGAGAAAUGGACGACGGCGGAGAUGGCCGAGUACUUGUACGGCGGUGGCAACUAUGCCAAGCUGCAGAAGAUCAAGACCGAGUACGACCCAAACGAUAUGUUCAACACGGACCCUCAGGCUAUCCGCGCGUUGAAGAAGACGACCGAGUAG